AUGUCUGGUUUAUCUGUGAGAUCGGACAACCCUGCCCAUCCGAUGAGAAAGAGGGAACUACAAACUCUCCCGCGAAAUUUGGCAACGAGUAAUCUUUUGAGAGAAGAUUCAGAUGACGAAAAUAUGUUUGGUCCACCACAACUGAGUAAUUUUGGAUCUGCAUUGGUGUGUGAAAAGGAAAAUAUCGGUCCAGGACGCCAGAUUUUUAAGCAUCGACUGCAAGCUGAAAGUGCUCUAGUUCACAAGAAAAACAACGACACUCUAGGAUCCUACUUCAACGCACCUGGAUCUCACACCACAACAUACUUUGAGGGCCAUUCAGAUUCCACAAUGCUUGGAAGCUUCAAAGACAACCAACAAAGCAUGACUACUUUUAACCCUCCUCAAACUCGGACUGAUUCCGGGAAAACCUAUACUUUUAACGACGCAAGCCCAAGUUCAUCUAAGCUUAAAAAUCUACAACAAACUCUCAAAGAUGAACUAUCGACUAGAGGCACUAGAAGAAGAAACAGAAGAUUCAUUUCCUCUCGCUUGAGCCUUCUGGGACCUGCAAAGCGUGCAUCUUCCUCUAACACUACACCAGAUAGAAGCGCUAUAGGUGAUGAUUCCUAUAGCUUUCAGCCGUUACUUACAAACAGUCCGGCGAAAGUUGAAAACAGAAGCGCUUAUAGCGUUUUUCAUGAUUCUGAACAAUCUGUGCUUCCACCUACGAAUGGUAACAAGGAUACCAGCGCAACAUAUGAAAACAUUGAAUUUGGAGAACUAAAUCCAUAUCAAUAUCUCAAGAAACACAAUUUACCUACAACAGAACUCCCAAACAUAUCUAGGGCAUAUUUCGAGCGCCAAAAGGGCCAGAACCGAAGUGUCGCACUUAGGAAAAACAGUCUAACCAAAGACGCCAUACAAAGUCGUCUGGCUUCGGCUUCAGCUUCAGCUUCGCUUUCUAACUCUCCGUUCUUGAGACAAAACGAACCUAUAAAACGAGAGCAUUCACUGACGAAAAGGGAGCCACGAAGGAAAGUUAGUGGAGGACCAGCUAAUAACAUAUCUAAAGCUCUGUCAUCACCUGCAUUAGAUGCUGCAACUACUCGAAAAGCUUUCGAUGAUGCAAACGACGAAAUCAGUCGAGAGGGAAAGUAUGGAAUAAUCAAGACACCCAACAACAGCAAUAGCCACUAUCCGAAACGAGAAGUUCUUUCUAACAUUGACAUCAACAGCAGCAGCACUAAGCAGCCUUUACUAAAGAAACUCAAACAUGCAAAUGGCCGUAUGGAGGAUCUGCAGGCCACCACAAACAAGGAGCACAUCGUAUCUGUUGAACGACCUGAAGAGAUCGAUUUGCCUCGUAAUUUCCCAAAUACAGAUGCGAAGAAGCACGUUGAAAUUGUGGAGCCAGCAACCUCUACGAACCAUGUUUCUCUCAAGCCGUCGACUGCAGGUUCAGAGCAGCUACAGAGGAAAAGGCCAACCGUAUGUAUUAAUGGGACAGAAUACGAAAAAUUGGAGUUGCUAGGAAGAGGUGGUACAUCAAAAGUUUACAAAGUCAGAAACUCGGCAAAUAACAAGGUGUACGCUUUGAAGAGAGUUUCGUUUGAUGAGUUUGAUGACGCCAGUCUUGAUGGAUUCAGGGGAGAAAUAGAAUUGAUGAAAAAACUUGAAACAAAACCACGCGUGGUCCGACUUAUAGACCAUGAAAUGAAUUCUGGUGUUUUACACGUUGUCAUGGAGUGUGGCGAUCAUGAUUUAUCGCAAAUAUUGGCGCAACGGUCUGACAUGCACUUGGAUGUUGAAUUCGUCAGAUACCACUCUCAAGAAAUGCUGAAAUGCGUGAAGGUGGUCCACGAGGCUGGAAUUGUACAUUCAGAUUUAAAGCCGGCAAACUUUGUGUUUGUAAAGGGCAUUCUCAAGAUAAUCGAUUUUGGCAUUGCAAACGCAGUUCCUGAGCAUACUGUGAACAUAUACCGAGAGACACAAUUUGGGACACCUAAUUACAUGGCCCCGGAAACCCUAGUGGCCAUGAAUUUUACCUCAGAUCAGUCCUCGGAACAAAAUAAGUGGAAGGUGGGCAAGCCUUCGGACAUCUGGUCCUGCGGCUGUAUAAUCUACCAAAUGAUAUAUGGAAGGCCGCCCUACGGUGGAUUUCAAGGGCAAAAUAGACUGUUGGCCAUCAUGAAUCCUAAGAUUAAAAUAGUGUACCCUGAAAAGACCCCCAGCGGUGACAUAGUACCAAAGACUGCAAUUGAUACCAUGAAGGCAUGUUUGGAAAGAAGCCCCAGUGAAAGAUGGACAGUUGAUGAGGUAUUAGGAGGUCCAUUUGUAAAUCCGGUCGCCGUUACGCAUUUUUUCAUUCGUGAUCUGAUCAAAAACUCUGUUAAGUACGGUUUUAAUCAGAGGGAACUAUCCACAGAUAGAAUAGAGGAACUAGCAGACGACGUUUGGCGCAGAUUAGGUGAUUUCAGGCUUUAA